AUGAUUGCUUUUAUAUCACUAUGGGUAUUAUGUAUAAUUAAUGUUAUGGCAUAUUGUAUUAGUUUGAAUAAAUAUAAAUUUAUAAAAUCAUAUAAUUUAUAUAAUAAAAGAAAACAUCAACAAAAUGUAUUAUAUGGAAUUCCGAGGAUGUAUAAAUGGCUAACUUCUUAUUACCCAACAGUGAGAGAAGAAUUAAUAAAUAAUGAGAAACAAAAAUCAGUUGAUAUUUUUUAUAUUGAUAUGAAUGGAGUUAUACACCAUUGUACUCAUGCCAAUAAAGAGAAGCUACCUAUAUAUGAUGAACAUGAACUAUUUUCAAAUAUUUUACAAUAUUUAAAAAAUUUAUUUUAUUUGAUAAAGCCAAAGAAACUCAUAUAUAUAGGUGUAGAUGGAGUGUCACCAAAAGCUAAAAUGAAUCAACAAAGAAAGAGGAGAUUUCUUAGUAUCUUCAAAAUUAAUGAUAAUGAUAAUACGUCUAAUUUGUUUAACCCUAAUUGCAUAACAACUGGAACGGAUUUUAUGUAUAAAAUUAAUUUGUCAUUAAAUAAAUGGUUCAAGAUUUUGAAGAAAAAAAAAGUUUUCGAAUUUGAUGUUAUAUUUUCUGGUUCGGACGUAGCUGGGGAGGGAGAGCACAAAAUUUUGAAAUACAUAAGAGAGAACUGUAAGAGAGAUAGUAACUUUAAAAAUUAUAAUCAUUGUAUAUACGGACUCGAUGCAGAUCUCAUUAUGCUAUCACUCGUCACCCACCUGAACAAUAUUUUUAUUUUGAGAGAUAAAUUUAAAAUAAGUAAUGAUUUACACAAUAAUAUGUUAGAAAAUAUCGAAAGAACACAAAACACGUUUAAUAAUGAUGAAUAUAAUUCUUUUAAUGAACCUCAAAAUGAUAACAUAAAUUAUAACGAGGAAGGAGAAAACAUUCAAUUGAAUGAAAAAAGUAAAACAAACGAAUCCCUUGUUAAAGAGGAAAAUAAUGUUGAGUAUGAAAAUAAUGAGGAGAUAAAUAAUGAGAUAAAUAAUGAGAUAAAUAAUGAGAUAAAUAAUGAGAUAAAUAAUGAGAUAAAUAAUGAGAUAAAUAAUGAGAUAAAUGAUGAGAUAAAUAAAGAGAUAAAUAAUGGGAUAAAUAAUGGGAUAAAUAAUGGGAUAAAUAAUGAGAUAAAUAAUGAGAUAAAUAAUGAGAUAAAUAAUGGGAUAAAUAAUGAGAUAAAUAAUUCGGAAGGUAUGAACAAUAUUUUAGGUGGAUAUAAAAUUCCUUUUCUUCCAAAGGUUCAUAAAUAUACAAAAGAAUAUUAUAUGAAAUAUGAAAGCUUAAAUAGUAACGACUUUGAAAUAUUAGACAUAUAUAAAUUGAGGAAUUCUAUUAAGACACAAAUAGCUACAUAUAUAAAUAAAUUAAAAAAAGAAAAAAAUAUCGUCUUCAGCAUAAGCAGAGUGGUUGAUGAUAUUGUAUUUUUAUCUUUUCUUGUUGGGAAUGAUUUCCUUCCCCACAUACCAAACAUUGAUAUUAAUGAAGGAUCCAUGAACGAAAUCUUAAAUUCAUAUAUCUUUUAUAUAUAUAAAUAUUCUAAUUAUAUAACAUAUAAGGAUAAAGUACACAUAGAACGGCUAAAAAUUAUUUUAAAAAUUUUAAGUGCUCAAGAAUUUGAAUAUUUUAAGAAAAGGGGAAUUAAUGAAAAUAUUAGUGAAUUUACGGAUGAACAGAAGUAUAAAAAAUAUUAUUAUCUGCAUAAAUUUGGUCUCGAAGAUCCAAAGGAAAUACAAAAUAUUGUAAAAAAAUAUAUAGAAGGAUUAUUUUGGAAUUUGCAUUACUAUCAUUUUGGAUGUGCCAGUUGGUAUUGGGAAUAUCCAUACCACUAUGCUCCUCUAUGUAGCGAUUUGUUAAGUUUUGAGAAAUCGGAUUUCUUCUUUGAAAAGGGUAAGCCCUAUUCAGCUUUUACUCAUUUGAUAAGUGUUUUACCUCAGAAGGAUAAGAAUUUACUUCCGGAUGCGUACAAAAAUAUUUAUGUGGAAGAUGAAGUAAAGUCGUUUUUCCCGGAAAAUGUAAAAAUUGAUCCCAAUGGAAAAAAAGAAACGUGGGAAUAUAUUGUUCACUUGCCUUUCAUAAACUGCAAUAUGAUUAACAAAAUCAUAACAGAAAAAAGUAAAACGAUCUCCAAGUUGAAAUACAAAUUAAGGGAAUUGAAUGGAAGAGAACACAGAUAUUAA